CAAACAAGCUGCCGCGUCUUCCCGUUCGAAGGAUUAAAGAAAGAAGCGAAUAACAGAGCGACCAUACAAUUACCUUGAAGAAGGCAGUGGUUCUUGGGUGUAACAAACAGCUCCGUGAGAAUAGCGCAAUUCAGGCAAUGGCGUAGCAUUAGGUGGCGGUGUACCGCUUGUUUUGCAACAUCAGCUGAUGGACUUGAUGUACCUUUCGCGUUAUCAAAACACGACUGCUGUCGCGACGAAGUCCAUGUCUCAGUGUGUUAUGGCAGUACGCAGUGCAGCGACAUAGUGGACAUCGUUACGCGACAACGUUCGUCACUGUCAUUAGCUAAUCGAAAAGGUAAAUCUGUCUCCCACUCUGACGACGAAGAUUCGUUGACUCCAUAUUAUCAGCUGUCGUUGUUAAAUUAUUUUUUGAUCUGACAUCUGCGGAUCGUGUGCUCGUGAUUCGUGAUUGUGUGCUUCAAACCGAAUUGCAUUCGCGUUUCGUACAUUUCGUUGUUGCAGAUAGUUAAACAGACAGAGAGAGAGAGAGAGAGAGAAAGAGAGAGAGAGAGAGAGAAGAGAAAGAGAAAGGGAGAGAAAGAGAGAGAGAGAGAGAGACAAAGAGUGUGCGACGAAAUACAGCAUUAUCAUCAUAGAUAAAUAUACAUAAUACUCAAUACUUCUGCAAACAUGGGAGGAGCAGUAAGUAGUGGACAAGACAAUGAUGAAUUAGUGGAUAAUUUAAUAGAAUCUGGUUACAUCAAAACGAAGAAAGUGGAACAAGUUUUCAGAGCUGUGGACAGAGCUGAUUAUGUUUUAUCCUCUCAUAAAGAUAGUGCUUACAAAGAUUUAGCUUGGAAACAUGGAAAUAUACAUUUGUCAGCUCCAUGUGUAUACAGCGAAGUAAUGGAAGGUCUCAGUUUAGAACCUGGUUUGAGCUUUCUGAAUCUUGGAUCUGGGACUGGCUAUCUUAGUACAAUGGCAGGACUGUUGUUGAAACAACACGGAACGAAUCAUGGUAUCGAAUUACAUGAAGAUUGUCUAAAAUAUGCAUACGACAGGCUGGAAGAAUUUAAACAGAAGUCACUGGCGUUGAAUGAGUUUGAUUUUUGUGAGCCGUUAUUCAUACAAGGAAACUGUCUCAGCAUUAUACCUGGUAGACAAUACGACAGGGUAUAUUGUGGAGCAGCAUGCCCUGAAAGUCAUGAAGCGUUUAUUAAGCAAUUUGUUCGUGUUGGUGGUAUACUAGUAAUGCCAUACAGAGAUAAUUUGGUCCGUGUAGAAAGAGUGAACAAGAAUACUUGGAUGCAUUAUACAAUGCUUCCCGUUUCAUUUGCUAAUCUAAUUGUACCUUUGGUGUCGGAAUAUAACUUACUUCAGCUGCCGGAAUGCAAUCCUUUGUCUUUGCAAGAACUCUGCCGCGGUAAGAUUCGAUAUCGUCUGCGCGAAAAUAUCUGGAACGAACAUGCCGAUCUCGAGACCGAGAAGCCGAUAAUACCAGGACAACGGAAACCAAGUCCGCAACAGCACACUCUCAGACGUUUCGUCAUACCUAUUUUCGAAGAAGCUGACGGAGUAUUGGACGAGGUCUUGGACGAAGUCGAAGAGCAGGACUAUCCAAGCGCGUUGUCCGAGCGUCGAGCGCGCUUCCUGCUGAACGUAGAUGCUGAUACAGGUGAGGCUAUCACAACGACUUUGCAAUUGGUACGCGCUGUUAUACAACCGAAUCCGAUUGACGCUCAGCGAGAAAACCAGCGAGAAGAUGCAAGGACUAUCAACGAAGAUACCCGAAAUGCUAGAGAAGCGACUCGGGAGGAUAGUCAUGAGAAUAAUCGAGAGGACGCUCGAGAGAUGGCGGGUAGUACGAGCGUUGACGAUAAUCAACACGAACAAAAACGGAAAUCCGCCAAGAAGAAUUUCUGCUUCGGUACAAGCGAAGGCACCACAACUCGCAGUUCCACCGAGCUCGCCGAUGUAUCUAAUAACAUCAACGAGACGCGACACGAGAGAGAAGUACCGUCGACUGCUGCGACGUAUUCCAGCAUAAGCGAGAGCGAGAGCGAACAAGAGAGAGAGAGAGCUGAAGAUAUAGCCUUCGUGCGACGCCAUAAAAUUUGGAAACGCAAGAAAACGGACAGUGGUAUAGUGGAGGACGCAAAUCUUAGCAACGAAGAAAGUCAGCCCUCCAGUCAGUCAUCCACUAGUCAAUCCUCCAGCCAGUCUUUUAGCACGAACGCUAAUCACGACGACUCUGACGCUACCGACACGAUGGACAUAGAUCUGCCUCCUAUAUCGAUCAACAAACCAUGUAGAAACAUGUACGGCUCUUUGUCGAAAGACUCUACCUCCAACGACAAGGAAGUCAUCGGCCACUAUGUAGAUAGCAACGCGUUCACCGGCUACAUGACAGAUAAAAUACAACAGUUACCUUUGCCUUUCUCAGUGAAAUUGUAUAUAAACUACAACCGGAAAUUCUAAGAUAAACGACAAAUAUCUUAUUCUCUUAUUUAAACAAAUAUAUAACUUUUUAUUACGCAGAGGACAACUGGCCGUUUCUUC